UGGAAGCCGGUGAGGGGAGCAGCUGCCGAGUCCCAGCAGCAGCGCCCCGGGGACCCUGCUCGGGGCCAGGAUUCUUCAAGAUGAAUACUACAGAAAUCAAUUCAUUCACCAUGACCCCAUUAGGUUUUAUACCAGAUUUCAAAAAUGCCACCCUUGUACCUGUCAAUGAGACUGCGUGUGAAAACUGGAGUGAGGUUCAUCAUCUGGUUUUUCAUGUGGCAAAUAUCUGUUUUGCAGUUGGAUUGGUUAUUCCAACCACUUUGAAUUUCCAUAUGAUUUUCCUGCGAGGCUUGCUUGCUACAGGAUGUGUACUUUUCAUCAUCUGGGCUAUGCUGUACCGUUGUGCCUUGGAUAUAAUGAUCUGGAAUUCAGUGUUCUUGGUUCUCAACUUCUUGCAUUUUAUAUAUCUACUGUACAAGAGAAGACCGAUCAAGAUAGAGAAGGAGUUCAGUAGUCUGUACAAGAGAAUGUUUGAACCACUCCAUGUACCUCCAGAACUGUUCAAGAGAUUAACUGGACAAUUCUGCAACAUUCAGACUUUAAAAACAGGUCAAGCAUAUGCUUCAGAGGACAAAACAUCAGUUGAUGAUCGACUAAGUAUCCUGCUAAAGGGAAAAAUGAAGGUCUCCUAUCGAGGGCAUUUUCUGCAUAAUAUUUACCCCUGUGCCUUUAUAGAUUCUCCUGAAUUUCGAUCAACUCAGAUGAACCGGUGUGAGAAAUUCCAGGUCACCAUUACUGCAGAUGACAACUGUAAGUUUCUGUGCUGGUCCAGGGAACGACUGACUUACUUUCUGGAAUCUGAACCAUUCCUUUAUGAAAUAUUUAGGUAUCUUAUCGGUAAAGAUAUUACAAACAAACUCUACUCGUUGAAUGAUCCAACACUAAGUGAUAAGACUUCCAAAAAAAUGGAGCAGCAGCCGAGCCUUUGCUCACAGCUCUCUGUGAUGCAGAUGAGAAACAGCAUGGCUAGUUCCAGUGACAGUGAAGAUGGCUUGCAGCAGUUUCUUCGUGGGUCUUCCACCGCUUCCUCUCUUCGCCAUACAUCUCCCUAUAUGAGAACUUCGGCAAAAAUGAAACCAAUAGAAGAAAGUGGUGAAGAUGAUGUCUUUGAACUACCCUCUGUUGUUCAGCCUGAAGUUCACUGACUGCCUUGAGUAGACGGUCUCGAACAUCCAGGGACGCUGUUGACAUGGCAAAAGCAAGAAGCUUAUUCUGAAGCAAUUCUGAAAACUAUCAGCACCCUUUACUUUCAGAGAAUUAUACUACAAUAUACCUGUGUUAGUGGCUUCUAGAUAAAGAUGCCAAGUUUUAUUUAUUCUCCUUAAAAAUUUUUUAAAAGGCAGGAUUUUUGAAUGGGUGUAUUUUUUCUUUGGCCCUCUGCCGAGUUAAAUUCAGUUUUAAGCAACAGACUAGUCUGAAAUUUUAUUUGAUUAUUGAGUACCAUUUGCAAAAUCAGCCAAGUCCCAUUUUUCUAAGCCACUUAGGAGCUUAAGUCCCAGUGAAAGUGAAUGGGAAUGUUUGAAAAUUUGACCCAGUAUCAUUUGUACCUAACACCAUAGUUAUUAAUAUUGCAAUUUCAAAAUGAAGUUAAUACACAUAGUUUUUGUGUGUGCGUGAAUGUAUGUUUCUAUUUUACACAGAGAAAACAAUUUUAAAAGAACAUUCAAGUUGCAAAGUCAAGCACUCCAAAGUUAAGAAAGGCCAGUAUUAAGUUUCCCGUGCAACCUAUAUUUGGCCCCCUUAUGUGUAUGCAUUAUAAUGCAAUUUUUAAUUACAUGAUCACAUUGUUUUCCACAAGAAUUUGGCAAAAUGUAUAGAUUUGACACAAAGGCCAUCCUUCUGCCAAAUUUCAAGUCUCUGCUCUAAUGCAUGGGGGUUCUAAAGCAUCUUAAAAAAAAGUCACUAGAAUUUUUAAACAUGGCCAAAAUAAUGUAUUUUUCCCUAGUUUUGUUCUUGGAAAUAGCUGCACCAUUUUGGCUAAAGUUUUCCAAAGUAGUUCUCCUGAGAGAGACACCUAUUAUGGGAAAUUUCAGCCCAAAGAGUUAUAGUUUGGCAAAAUUAUAAGUAGCUGAAAAAAGGGUCUCAUAAUGGGAA